AGUAGUUUCAUAUCUUACUAAAAAGGAUUAAAAGGUAUUGUUUCUAAGGCUCAAUCUCUUAGUUGCUCUCUUUGUUUCUUUAAGUACAUCUGAAACGUAUUUAAAGUAAAUCAAAUACUGGCUUCGCAGACUAUGUAUUCACAGAGAUUUCUAUGUGUUUCCGUGAUUGUUUUAAUCUGUUUGACUUCGGUCAGAGGUCAAAAGGAUUACAAGCAUGAUCAUCUAGACCCGUUUGAAAGAAACGGUGGAAGAGUCUUCAAUAAUAUCGUCCAAGGCUUUGAUACAGAAACACCAAGCAAGGAUUCUGAUGACAUAGUUGGUGGAUACUGGGCUAGAAACUACUUCAGAUGUCCACUUCCAUGGGGUAAUUUUCCAGAUCCAGAUGACUGUUCUCGCUAUUACACUUGUGCUAGAAACAGGGCCAGCCACCAACGAUGCAAAAGAAACAUGCAUUUCGAUGUAUUCAGAAAAACUUGUCUGCCGAGAUUUGUAGCAAUUUGUGGCUCUGACAAAGAUAAAACUACAGUUACUGAAUCGCCGAAUUGGGAAAUAACUACUCCGAAAGACAAAGUUUUCAUUUGUCCCGAUACAUUUGGUUCUUUGCCUUAUGCAGAUGAUUGCUCUAAAUAUUAUUCUUGCACAUUUUUCAUUCCAUCUCUUAAAAGCUGUCCCAAAGGAGAACUUUUUGACGGUGUUAAGAAACAAUGCAAGCCUGAAGGAGAUGUUCAUUGCGGUAACAGACCUCGACCAACAAGCGACACAUUUGAUCUUACUUCACCUGUAAUAGCUCCUACAACAACAACUGCAGUUACGGCUACAAAUAAUGAUGGAGUAUCUGGAACAACUCCUACAGUAUCUGGCACAGUUUCAGUUAGAGAUGAAGUAUCUGAAUCAACCACUGCGACAUAUGGCACUGUUACGGUCGGCGAUAAAGAUGAAUCAUCUAGAUCAACUCCAGCAACAUCUGGUACUGCAACUGUCAGUGAUAAAGUUGAAGCAUCUGAAUCUUCUAUACCUGCAACUUCUGCAUCGCCUGUGAUAAGUACCAUUGUGGAGAAAGAUAAAUCCACUCAAUCGAUUGUAACAGGUAGCAACAAAAUAACAGAUGGUCAGUGGACUUACAGUGAAAUUUCUGUCAGUCAGGAAGCGACAACUGCAUCAGUCAGUACAACUGAAAGCUCGUCCAUAAUUCCUUCUAUAACUCCGGAAGAAAAAAUAUCUCCAACCACACCUAGGCCCACAGGACCGCCAGACACGGAUUGCGACGAAGACGAUCUUGAUUGCAUAAUAACAGAAACAGGAGAUGUAUCCAAGUGGUUUACAUGCCCAGAAGCUAUAGGUUAUUAUCCACAUCCAAGUAGUAACAAAUUAUUUAUCUUUUGUUUGAACUGGCAACCGUCCGCGAAAAAGUGUGCACAUGGUCUUUUAUUUUUCAAAGAACUUCGUACAUGCGCGGAACCAGAAAGUUUAGGAGAACAGUAAAAAUAUAAGAAAUCUUAAUUGAAUCGAUAAAUACAAAUAAAAAAGUAUCAUUGCUUUGAUUUUAA